AUGAGAUGGCAGCAGGCAGCCGCCACCAUCCCCAAUCCCACCGGGGCCCAAACGAGGGACACGUUUGUCCCCAAAAGAUUUUCCCAGCACUGGCGCCGAUCUCUGACAAAACGGAAUGAUUUAUCCCCGAAGGCGUUGGGAGCCUCCCGCUCGGUAUUAACGGUGUCGGGUUUGGGCCGGUUCCUCUGCCAAGGGCUCUUCCCCGAGCGAGGGCGGCUCCACGUCGGCUACGCCGCUGUCCUCCUGCGAGUCCUGGUGCCUGUCUCCAAGCCCUUUGUGCGGCCGACGGCGGCGGCGGUGGCCGAGGGGGCUACAGUGGCCCUGACCUGCGCCGUGCGGGAGGGGACGGAGCCGCGGAGCUUCUCCUGGCAGCACCAGCAGCCCCGGGGGGGUCCCUCAGUGUCCCCCGAGCGGCUGGGGGGGACCGGGGCAGAGCUGCACCUGACGCCCGCCAACCGUAGCCACACUGGCUGGUACAUCUGUACCGUGGGCAACGAGGUCAACAACCGCACCAGCGAGCCUGUCUACCUGGACAUUGUCUACGGCCCUGACCAGCCGGCCAUCAGCGUGGAGCCCUUCUCCCCUGAAGCUGGGAGCUUCUCAGCGGGCGAGCGGGAGGACGUGGUGCUGACCUGCCUGGCUCCCUCCAACCCCCCCAGCCGCUACGUCUGGCUGCACAAUGGGUCCCAGGUCCACACCGGCCCCACCUAUGUCCUGGCCGCCAUCGCCCGCGCCCAGGCGGGCACCUACACCUGCCUGGCCGAGAACCCCCACCUCCAGACCCGCACCCAGGCCACCAUCGUCCUCACUGUCUACUAUCCACCGGCCGGGAGCCCCAGCUGCUCUGCUGUGGCCACCGGUGAUCUGCGGGACGUGGCCCUGCAGUGCCGUUGGCCCGGGGGUUUCCCCCCAGUGCAGCUGCGCUGGGUGGGCCCCCAGGAGGAGGAGGAGGAAGAGGGGGUGAUGGGCGCCAGUUUUUCUGUGACUACCAGCAUCCAGCCAGGGGCAACCACCAGGAAUGGCAGCUCCUUCUCCUGCCUGGCCUCCCACCCCGCGCUGCCGCAAGGGGCCGUGUGUGGGACCACCCUGUGGGUCCCAGCCGGUGGCCCCUCCUGCGUGGCGGCGGCCACCAAAGGCGACGAGUACGUGAUGCUGCGGUGCCGGUGGGCGGGGGGGACGCCGCCAGUGACCCUGCGCUGGUGGGACAGUGGGGGCCGGCCCUUGGGUGACCCCGCACCUUUUGCUGCCAUCUUGGUGCUGAGUGCCAAUGGCACGUUGGGGGGCCGGGAUUUCAUCUGCGCUGCCAACCACCCGCUACAGGCCGCUGGCACCGAGUGCCGCCUGCGGCUGGAGGUCCCCAAGCUGGAGGCAGAGAGGAGCGAGGUGGCAGUGCUGGAGGGCGGCGAGGCGCGGCUGGCGUGUCGGCGGCACAGCCACGGGGCCAAUCUUGGUGCUACCGUGGUUUGGUACGACCCCGAGGACCGGGAGGUGACACCGGGGUUGGCCAAAUACCGGUUAGAACGGGGAGAAGAGUGGGUCAACCUCAGCGUCCGUGAUGCCGAGUGGCCGCGGGACAACGGGAUCUACCGCUGCACGGCGGCCAACGCCGUGGGCACCACCAGCCUCCCCGUCCACCUCCGCGUGGACCGGUACCCAGCCCCCCCUAACGUCACCAUCAGCAAGCUGCGGUACACACGGGCGCGCACCGAGGUGCGGCUGGAAUGGCGGACGCAGGGCAGUGGCAACCUCACCGGCUUCGUGGUGCAGCGGCGCCAAGCCAAGAAACCUUCCCGGCGGGUGCCCGGCCCCUGGGAAACAGCCGCUGGCGACAUCGAGCCCCACUCGCGCGACCGGCGCUUGGGGGGGCUGGACCCGGCCGUAAUCUACGCUUUCCGCGUGCUGGCUGUCAACCACCGGACGGCCGGGCACCCCUCCGAGGUGCAGACGCCAGCCGAGCCUCCCUUCGAGGCCUACCCAGCAGUGACGGCGGCAGCGGUGGUGGGGAUGCUGGUGGCCACCGCUGCAUCUCUCCUGGCCGUGCACUGCAUCGCCCGCCACCGCGACACCCUCCCACGGCUGCACGACCUGCUCUUCCGCAUGGCUGCUCCCGGUGCCCAGGAGCCCAUCGGCACACCAGAGGACGCCGAGACGACCGGGGAGGAGGGAGCAGCACCAGGAGAGGCGGCUGCCCCUGGCCCAGCAGCAGAACCACUCUCAGCACCGCCGGACACCACCGAGGAGCGACCGGUUACCGUCACAGUCACCACACCAGUGACACCGUGACCACGGCGGCUGCUCCUCCUUACUUCCCUUUCCUCUCCCCAUCGCACGUCCCUUUGCGUUAAUAAAGGCAGGAAGGGGGAUGGCUGAAGUCAAAACUCAGCUGAUGGAAAAAUAUCUGUGAUCCAGACCUGACACAAAACUUUGGGGCUGGUAGCAAAGGCGUUUUGCUUCUUCAUAUUUAAAAAGGUGUUCGGGGAAAUAGAUGAUUUAGAUGAUUUUUCCUGGGCUUGGGGAAGGGAAAGCUUUCUAACCCCAAAAAGCACAAGGGAGGGGUGAAAUUGUGAUAAGAGUCCAGGCAGCAAGAAAGGGAGGAGGCUUGGCCUUAAAGCUCAGGCUAAGGCUUUACCCAUGGCUACAAAAAGCAGCACAGCCUCAGUGUGGGUAAAAGUGGGUGACUGAGUGAAAACCUCUCCAGGUUAGUCACAAGCCUUCAGCUACUUCUGGUGCUAAAAUAGAGAUUUAGACUAAAAUAAGGAUUUUUGCACCCUGGGAAAGAAGUUCCCCCUGACUGGCAAGGGGAAACUUAAACCCCCUUUUUAAAAAAGGGAAAAAAGAAAGACCCAGGGAACUAGACGCCAGUCAGUCUCAUCUCUGUGCCUGGAAGGAACAUGGGGAGG